AUGAUUUCAGCAUUAUAUAUUCUUCAUAGUGUUGACCUCCAUCUAGAAUACCAAUCCAGUGAAAUACUAUUGCACAAAGUAUACCAUGAUGACUUGUAUGACACUCAGAAGAUUUUGGCUGGCUUUGAUAGCGAGUAUAAAAGACAAUUACCCGAAUCAAGAUUACCGUUCAUAAAUAUCAAAGGUCUUAAUUAUGUUUAUCUACGAUCAGAGAAUGAUUUGAUCUUUUUAGUAGUAACUAGAGCAAACAUCGAUACCAUGCUGACGAUAUUUUUUUUACACAGUUUCCUGAAAUUGGUAAAGCAUUAUCUUUGUGAAAAGACUAAAACUAAACGAGACAUCGCAUUUGAUAGAGAUGUUAUCUUAGAUAAUGUUUACUUCAUAUAUGAAUUGUUGGAUGAAUGUAUGGAUGUAGGGAUAAUUCAAACCACGGAUUAUAAUAUUUUGAAAGAAUAUAUCAAGAUAAUGCCCAAUAUUCCACGAUUACGAGCCGAUGAUAGUGACGAAGAACAACUUGAUACUGAAGAAGAUACUCAUAAAAGUAAAGACAAAGAUUUGAAAAGUGUGAAGUCAACCCAUAACCAGGCUAUCAAAACCGAUAUAAUACCAGUUGAAGAUACAUUUAUCAAUAGUUCAAUUUUAAGAGCAUCCAGUUCAUCAAUCAAUUGGAGGCCCAAAGGAAUAUUUUACGCCAAAAAUGAAAUAUUUGUUGAUAUGAUUGAAAAUUGUGACUUCUAUUAUGACUUACAGAAGGAUCAUAUCAUUAGAAAUGAAGUUAAUGGGAACCUUCAUGUAAAAUGUUAUCUUUCAGGGAUGCCUACGUGUACUAUAGGAUUUAACGAAACUAAAAUAUCAAGUAUUGAAAACGAUGAGAUAGAGGUUGAAAGAUCAGGUAAUCAGUUGAAAGUAGAUGAUGAAAUAGAUGAUCAAGAUGAUCAGGCUAUUGUCAAAGAAAAGAAACAUAUCCCUUUCAGAAACAUUCAAUUCCACCAAUGUGUUCAAUUGGAUUCAAUUUAUCAUAAUAAUUUGAUGAAAUUCAUACCUCCUGACGAUACAUUCAUACUAAUGAGUUACCAAGUAGAGCAACAAAAGCAAAAAAGGAAGUUACCUUUAAUAAUGAUAAAGCCAACAUAUAGAAUAAAGGAAAAGGAAAAGAAACUUCAAAUCUUGGUAAUCUUAUCAACCCAGUUCAGAAAGAGAUUGCAUGCUAAAAAUCUUCAUAUACGUUUGCCCAUUAAUCCUUUAUUAUUCCAAGUGAAAAUGGAUGAAGAUUUAAAAUAUAAGACGGAAUUAGGGUCAGUUUCUUAUCAGGUUGAUAAAUCGGAGAUAAUAUGGAAUAUCGAUAACAUCACAGGCAAUAAUCCUUCAAUAAAAAUGAUGGCCGAAUUAUCAAUUGAUGAUUCAGACAUUGAUUUGAAUAAGAUUGAAUCCACUUUACAGAAUAGUUUUGAUCAUUAUGAAGACGAUGAUGAUGAUGCAUGGGAUGAAAAUGAAGAAGCCAAACGAGAAUUAGACCAGUAUUAUGGAGUUAAUGGUGCACAAACAUCACUGAUUCAGGAAAUUCAGAAAAAAAUCCGGAAAAUCAAACAAUUCAACGACAUUAAAAUCACCUUUAAUAUACCCAUGUUAUCCUACACAGGUUUAAGAUUAAAUUUUUUGAAAGUUGAAGAAGAGGAAAUGAAAUACACCUGUUUCCCUUGGAUAAGAUAUACUACAGUUCUGGAACCUAAUCCUCAAACUAACAUUUAUAAAUUCAAAUUGGGUUCCAAUUGUUUCCAGUUAGAAUAA